UUAGUUACCUUAUUUUGUUGGAGUAUUUGUAUGACGUUUUCUCAACUCUCGCGAGACGGAGAUGCGGAAGAAGCUUCGUAUUGGCGCUAAAAGAAAAAGAGCGCGUUUAAGCGACAAACACGGUAACACGGGAAAAGUUAGGAAAAAUAUACCUCUGCUGUUGGGAAUAUAUUUACGUCCACAAAAAUGCCAGCCACUUCAGACGUACACAUCGAGGGUCCGCAGAGGGAGGACGGCUUUAAAGAAGGAGGGAAACCGGCGGAGGAGAGAUUUGGUAUCUUCUGUGAUGAACGUGGAUAUCUGGAUCAAAUAAAAUACAUUUUGCAGUACGGCCGCAAGAAAGGCGAUAGAACCGGAACAGGAGUGAUCUCCACAUUUGGGUCUCAGACCAGAUACAAUCUGCGAGACCAGUUUCCCUUAUUGACAACCAAGAGAGUGUUCUGGAAAGGAAUCCUUGAAGAGCUGCUGUGGUUCAUCAAGGGAUCAACUAAUGCCAAGGAGCUGUCAGAGAAAGGGGUGAAGAUCUGGGAUGCCAACGGGUCCCGGAACUUCCUGGACAAUCUGGGCUUCACAGAGCGAGAGGAGGGCGACCUGGGACCGGUGUAUGGCUUCCAGUGGAGACACUUUGGUGCAGAGUACAAAGACAUGCAUGCAGACUACACAGGACAAGGUGUUGACCAGCUGCAGAAAAUCAUUGACACCAUCAAGAAGAAUCCAGAAGACCGAAGGAUCAUCAUGUGCGCUUGGAACCCCAAAGACCUGCCCCUCAUGGCUCUGCCUCCCUGCCACGCCCUCUGUCAGUUCUACGUCUGUGAUGGUGAGCUGUCCUGUCAGCUGUACCAGCGCUCAGGUGAUAUGGGUCUGGGAGUUCCUUUCAACAUCGCCAGCUACGCACUUCUGACCUACAUGAUCGCACACAUUACAGGACUCAAGCCUGGUGACUUUGUUCACACUAUGGGAGACACACACAUCUACGUAAACCAUAUUGAGCCUCUCAAAGUGCAGCUUCAGAGGGAGAUCCGACCUUUCCCCAAACUGAAGAUAGUGAGACAAGUGGAGAGCAUUGAUGAUUUCCGUGCCGAGGACUUUGAGAUCUGCGACUACAACCCACAUCCUACGAUUAAGAUGCAGAUGGCUGUGUGAAACCAUCCUCAUCCCACAGUGUGUUCUCCACGGGAGAAACGUUGCAGCCUGCUUCACUUAUAUAUGUUUUAAAAGUUCAGUUUAACAAAAUCAACAAAAGGGUUAAAAUAAUUUUAACUUUUCUAUAUUUGUAGGGAAUAACCAGGUGCAAUGAUUUCUUUCUAUUUCUAUUUUGAAUCUGUCUGUAUUUGUAUUGACAAAUGUUCGAAUACUGUAAAUAAAGAGAUUAACUUUAAUGUUAA